AUGCCAUUCUCACCACGGAUAGCCCUUCGCGGCGUUCCAAGUAGCCGAGCCUUUUCAACCAGCGGUCGACUCCUCCGAUCCGAUCUCUCCUUCCAGGUCUUUGGCCCGGAAAAGGAGCAACCGACCCGGAAUCCAAUUGUCUUCUUGCAUGGACUAUUUGGAUCAAAGCAGAACAAUAGGAGCAUCAGCCGGGCUUUGGCACGUGACCUCAAACGCCGGGUGUACAUAGUGGACCUCCGAAACCAUGGAAACUCCUUCCAUGACCCGGAACACAACUACCCCGUCAUGGCAGACGACGUGGCAGAGUUCAUGCGUGAGCAGAACUUGAGCAAGUGUGCCUUGAUCGGACACUCCAUGGGCGCCAAAGCCGCCAUGACCGUUGCCCUAAACGCCCCCGAGCUGGUCUCUGCCCUGGUACCCGUGGACAACGCACCAGUGAGCGCCGUGCUCCGCACUGACUUUGGCAAAUACAUUCGCGGAAUGCAGCAAGUUGAAUCUGCGAAUGUAAACAAACAAUCGGAUGCUGAUAAGAUUCUUCAAGAUUAUGAAGAGUCUCUUCCAAUCCGACAAUUCCUCCUAACGAACCUUGUUCGCUCACCUGAAGACCAAACGAUGAAGUUCCGGGUGCCUCUCUCGACCUUACACGAGUCCCUGAAGGCCCUAGGUGAGUUCCCGUUCGGUGAGCCUGGCUCCGUCCAAUAUAAGGGGCCGACUAUGGUUGUUCGAGGAACGAAGAGUCCCUAUGUCUCUGACGAGACAAUCCCCGCGAUCAAAGGGUUCUUCCCUAACUCGAAAGUUGUGGACGUGGAGGCUGGUCACUGGGUUAUUUCUGAAAACCCGGAGGCCUUCAGAAAAGUUGUUGUUGAGUUUCUGCAAGAGACACCAUAG